GAGUGCUCUGCUGAAUUGUUCAACCUUUUAACCAAACCUUGAUCAAAGUCCAUAGGUGUAGAUUGCACCUACAAAAGACAACAUUCAUAGAUUCACUAGCAACUGAACCGACCAGAGUUUGGUCGUUAAAACACCAAGUGAUGGCAGCUGACAUUCAGCCUCGGCUUUGCAAAUUAUCCAAAAAGGAAGGUGAAAGUUUCGGCUUCUACCUUAGGAUAGAGAAAAACAUUGAGGGCCACUUGAUCCGCUCUGUGCUGACAGGAGGUCCAGCUGAUGCCGUUGGACUGAGAGAUGGUGAUCGAGUCAUUAGAGUCAACACAGUUUUUGUGGAUGGUGAAGAACAUCAAAAGGUGGUAGAUUUGAUUAAAAAGUCUGGGAAUUAUGUUACCCUUCUGGUACUGGAUGACACCACAUAUACACAUGCCAAAAAGCAAGGUAUUAAUCUGUCUCAAGUGAACACUCCCAAUCAAACCCCAAUCCAGCCUGUGGUGAAUGGAUUCAGUGGAAAAACGCCACGGCCCAAACUGUGCUACCUGGUGAAACAAGCUUCGAGCUUUGGAUUUUCGUUGAAGACUGUCGAAGGAGCGCCUGGUCUGUUUAUGACUGAGAUCGCCCCUGCUGGUGCUGCUUUCAAUGCUGGUGUUGAACCCAAUGACCGGAUAAUUGAACUAAAUGGGGAAAAUGUUGAAAACAUCUCUCAUCAGCAACUGGUGACUAAGAUGAAAGCUUCAGGCAACAAUAUCAUGCUGCUUCUGAUUGAUGAGACCUCAGACAAAUACUUCAAAAGCAAAAUGAUUAAGGUUGUGGCAUCGAUGGCAAGUGUGAAAGGCCUGCCCCUCCAGCCACGGAUUGCACAGCUAACUAAGGGACCUCAAGGCUAUGGUUUCUACUUGAGAGUUGAACAACAACGACAGGGUCAUUUAAUCAGGGAGAUUGACCAAAACAGUCCAGCAGAAAAAUCCGGGCUACUUGAUGGUGAUCUUCUGAUUGCUGUAAAUGGGGAUGUCGUAGAUCAUCUGGAGCACGAAUCAUUAGUUGAUAAGAUAAAGAAGUGUGGGAACCAGGUUACAUUCCUUGUUGUUGACAGCACAACAAAUGAGCUUUAUAAACAGGCUGGUAUUUCUCCAAUCUGCUAUUGGAAAGAGGUUUAUGAAUUGGAUCAACCAGUGGAAGUUGAGGAGUCUCAAGAGAACCAGAGAUCGACAGAAAGUCCUCAACAUGGUCCCAGAAUGUGUCACCUGACCAAAGGUCCAGAAGGAUAUGGCUUCAUUCUCAAUGCAAUCAAGGGUGUGCAAGGACAGUUUAUUAAACAGGUUAUUAAAGGCAGUACAGCUGAAGAGGCAUGCCUGCAAGUGAACGACAUAUUGAUUGAAGUGAAUGGUAUCAAUGUGGAGAGAGAUACACAUGAAGAAUUGAUAGAAAAAAUCAAGACCAGUGGUGAUAAGUUGAGUUUGCUGGUAAUUAGAAAGGAAGAGUAUGAUCAUUACAAAGAAACAAACAACCCAACUUCAGCAAAUGCAAGCCGAGAGCCAACGCCUGAGCCAGUUACUCCUCCUGAGAAUAUCGAGGAGGAAAGCACGCCUGAGGAGCCAGAAACUCAGGAACCAGUAGCUGACAGCCCUACCCUGGCAAGGAGAGAGCAGGUCAAGUCGCCGUCCUCAUCAUCAGCUGAAGAGGAUACAGAUGCUGACACACAAUUGUAACAAAACAUUAGAGGAGCAACAUAAUCAUCAUCUCAGCAGCUUUUAUGAACUGGAAUGGCCUGCAAUAGUUUAUGGCUUAACUCAGAUUUACCAAACUUUGUUCCUCAUUAAAGUAUAUUUCCCACAGAGGUGUUUCAAAACCAUGAUUCCUAAAUAUUUUCUGCAAAAUUCAAUCAAAGAAUCUUACAGUACUGAUGGUAACCACUCUGCAUUGUGCUUAUACUGGGUCUUUGAAAUCUAUCCAAAUUAAUCCCAUUCCCCUACCCUUUCCUCCUAACCCAUAUCAUUUUGCCUCCUUCAUUUAUUUAUCCAAUUCUCUUUAGAAGGUUAUUAUUGCAUCUACUUCUACUACCUUUUUAGGUAGACCAUUUCGGAUCAUAACUCACUCUUAUUUCAUGUCACCUCUCAUUCUUUUGUUGAUCACCUCAAAUCUGCCUUCGCUGGUUAUCAAUGCCCUGCCAGUGAUUAAAUCACCCCUUAACCUUUUCUACUUUAAGGAGAAUAAAUCUUUACAGUGAAACAUUUGUCAUGAAUCAUUGUCUGUUGCUAAGAUACUUUAUUGUAGGUGAGUGUGCAGUCCACAUUAUAGGAAAUAACAAGCUGAUUGUCCUUUUCUGUUGUAACUAUUCUAUGAUUUCAUUUAUUAUUUGCAUUAACACCUAUCUUGCAGGACUCCUCAUAAAUGAACCACCACCUGGAAUAUUAGGUUUAUAAGUCAAUUACCCAAUCCCUGGCCUGCUGAACAAAACAUCAAGGGAUCUUGUGGUAGGGUGAGAAAGUGAAUUGGUAUCACAGUAUCUUAUUGAAUAGCAGAAUAAGAUUAGAAGGCAGACUGGUUUACUCCUGAUGCUGUUUUCCAUGUUCUAAGGGGGACCCCUGCAACUCAUGUGGAUCUCCUUUCAACCCACCAUUAAAACAAGAUGCAUCUAUGUAACAUCUUUAACGAAAUUAAAAGUUCCAAGGAGUCUCACAAGUGAGUUCAAAUCCUUAAAUUUCAAACCUUAGUGUCAUUGCUUCCCAAUAACUAAACAUCUUGAGGUCCUUUAUUUCAUUUACGUUCACUAUUUUUUUCAUUCAAUUUGUUAAAAGGAACAACUAUUGGAAAAGAAAACUAUUGGGGUGCAAGAAAGAAUUUACUGAUUUUCUAGCAGCUGAUUCACGUUCUCAUCCAGAUUCAGCUAUUGAAGUUAAGUGAAUCAGGCUAUAUAACAGCAUUAUCAAACAAAAUUUGACACCAUACACACGAAGAUAACAUUAGGACAGAUGACCAAAAGCUUGUCAAAGAGUGGAAGAGGUGAAGACAUUUACAAAAGAAAUAUCUGAUUUUACAGUCUAGGUAGCUGAAGACUUCUUUUUUUAUUUGUUUAUGGGUUGUUGGCACGCUAGCUGGUCCAGAAAUCCCAUAGAAGGCAGUUAGGAGUCAACAGUUAAGAGCGUAUGUCAGACCUGAGGCACAUAUUGGCCAGGCCAGGUAAGGAUUUUUAAAGUCCUCCUCUAAAGGUGAACCAAAUGGAUUUUUAUGACAAUUCACAGUGGCUACAAAAUCAAAUGGUGAAAUCACAACAACAGUAAUGAGGAGAAACCUUGAGAAAUUCCUCGUACCUACACAUGAAAGAUUCAUUAAAAUAAAAAAAAGUGCAAAAUGCUGGAAAUGCAUAGCAUGUCCAAUGAAAUCUACAAAGAGGAAAGAAACUAACGUUUCAAGGAUCAUUUAAUCAGAUGCAAGGGACAUCAGCAAUAGGUUGUUAUGUCAGAGACAUUUGGACUUGAUGAGUGUUUCUAAUUUAUAGGUUUUCAUUUCAAAAUUUCAGUAUUUGCUCUUUUUAAUGCAUUUAUUUUCCACAUAAAUUAAGCAAGGUUAGUAAUGAGGACGCUGCGAUGAUUACAGACCUGCAGUUGUGCAGCACACUUAUGUAACUUUGCAGCUACUCACAUUUUAACAGCUUGUGAGUCCAGCUACAGUUACGAUUUUUUUUUGAAUCAGGGUAAUGAGCUCAUUCAGUUGCAAAUUUAUUAUACUCAAUAUCAAGGUUUAAAGCAACUUUUUUUAAAACUCAUACUUCAUAUAAUUUGUUUUGUACCUGCUUUAUCUGUACAUAUUAAGGUGAGACAAAUCAAAAUGGUCAACUAACAUGAAUCACUGUUGAUGUUGUACUGUAUGAAAGGAGAAUAUUCUAACCAUAUGCUUUCCUUUGGAUGUCACUGACCAACCAAUUAAUCCAACAAUAAACACAGUUAGAAGAUACACCCUAAAAUGGCUUUCCCUAUACAUU